AUGCGUGGUCCUAGGCAAAAGACGGAAGACUGGGUGAGCACCGGGACCACAUCUGAUCUUGAAAAUCUCUACAAGAGUCCAUCAUCACGGACGGCGUUACAGUCAAAUGUUACACGUGUGGAAAUGGCUGCGCACCGCUCUGUACGCUCACUGGAGGUUGGUGCGUCGACCCACUACUAUUUCUCCCGCGACAACCUCGACCGUGACCAGACGAUACGUCGUAUGAUGAUAGAAAAUACAGCUGUUUCUGUGGACAAACUAGUGCAGGCUCCUCGUUUAGCGUCCAUCGGUACAACUGUAUCGGACCUGGAAGUUGCUAUCCAUAAUAGCAAUAUUCUCUGCCUUGUUGACCUGCCCGAUGGGAAAAGAGGCGUCAAACGUUAUGAUGGAUAUCCCGGUAGCAUCGCUGCCACAACUGGUGUUUCAAAUGUGGCUAAUGCCCUGGACUACAAGCAUAGAAUACCAGGAGAAGACGGGUCCUACCUCUCCCUUUCACUUGACUCCGGUUUCGCCAACUAA